UUCAGUUGUUGAUAAAAUUUCAUGGAUAGCGGUUAUAAUUUGUUGAUGAAAUACAAUUUAAUUAAAAAACCUUAUAAAUUUAUUACGAAUUUAACUUAUUGCAAAUAUUAAUAACGUAAGAAAUGUCUUCGGAAAAAAUUUUAAAUGAAUUCUGUGAUAUUAUUGAUACCUAUGGCGGACGAGAUAAGGUAAUGAAAGCUCUUUGUUACGGCUCUAAAUUAAUAGCUGGCUAUUAUAGUGAUCGUAAACCAGAGUUGGCAAAACGUUAUGCUAUUGCUAGUUCACGUAUAUCGGGAGCCCGUGCAACAUUGCGGUUAAUUGAUGAUAUACCCAUGAUACAAUAUGCUAUGGAAUAUGGCUGGGGACAAAAUGAAAGUGAUCGUACAAUGGCUGUACUGGGUGUGACAGCUAAUAUUAUAGAUCUUUUAUAUUAUCCAGUGGAAAAACUAUGUUGGCUAUCUGAACAUAAUAUUAUUAAUUUAAAAAAUGCCGACUAUUGGGAUAAUGUGAACACAGUAUUUUGGGUACUAGGCGUAUAUUUAAAUCUAAUGCGUACAUUGCGCAAUUUCGGCAUAAAUCAGCAAAAAAUUAAUCUGAUCAAGGAUCCCAAAAAAUCUCCCGAAGAUGAGCUUAAAAUUAAAAAGCAACGACUUGAAAUACUUUCCUUAAUAAGAUUAUCUUUAGAUUUUGUGCAUGCUGCCAGUUACUUACCUAAAGGUUAUCUGUGGGGUGGCAAAUUAUCUACAUUCCAAAUUGGUGCUGUUGGCACUUUGUCAGCUGGCAUAGGAAUUUAUCAAAUUUUUGCGAAACGGAGGCUAAACAAAUGAAUAUCAUUUCUGUGUGUAUUUUUUUAUUAAAAAACUUUUUAUAAGUUGUUUUUUAUUGUUUAUCUGUAUUUACUUGUAAUUUGUGUGUAUUUGCUUUUAAGCUAGUCCAAAUAGUAAUAUUUAUACUCUAUAUAUACAGUUUUUGAAGGAUUAUUGUCAAAAAAGGAAUGGAAAGAAAAAGCAAUAUUUACAUUAGAAAUUCUUGUUUAAAGUGUAUAAAGUCACCGAUAUUUUUGAGAAAAAUAAAGAAAUUAUUUUUGAAAUGAAC